AUGGCUCACGUCGACUCUCCCACCAAGGAGACCGUGCCGACUGCCCAUCACUACUCCGAUGAAGAUGAGCGCGACAACACACAUAUGUCUCCAGCCAAAUAUGCUGCGACAAGAAUCACCACCCUCAAGCCUCCCAUGGCAAAGGCACCCAACCCUUUCAAGCUCCUGGCCAUGCUAAACACCCAACAAUGGCUUUUCUUCCUGGUGGCUUUCUUCGGCUGGUCGUGGGAUGCCUUUGACUUCUUCACCGUUUCGCUUACCGUGUCUGAUCUGGCCGAGACAUUCAACAAGUCGAACACAGAUAUCACCUGGGGCAUCACACUGGUGCUCAUGUUCCGUUCGGUGGGAUCAACAAUCUUUGGUAUCGCUGCGGAUCGUUAUGGACGGAAAUGGCCUUUCAUCAUCAACAAUAUCCUCUUCAUUGCCCUCGAACUUGGUACCGGCUUCACGCAGACCUACGGCCAAUUCCUUGCAGUGCGUGCCCUUUUCGGUAUUGCCAUGGGUGGUCUUUAUGGCAACGCGGCAGCCACCGCUCUUGAAGAUUGCCCCGAAGAGGCUCGGGGUAUCAUUUCCGGGAUGCUUCAGCAAGGCUACGCAUUUGGAUAUCUGCUUGCCACGGCCUUUGCUCGUGCCCUGGUCAACACGACUUCACACGGUUGGAGACCACUGUUUUGGUUUGGCGCGUGCCCGCCAGUGUUGAUCAUUAUAUUCCGUCUGUGUCUCCCCGAAACACAUACUUUCCGCGCCCGCCAGGCUCUUCGUGCGGAGCAGGGCAGUUUGGCGGGUACCUUCGUUUCCGAGGGAAGAGUUGCGCUGAAGAAACACUGGCUCUUGCUCAUAUACAUGGUCCUUUUAAUGGCGGGCUUUAACUUUAUGAGCCACGGCUCCCAGGACUUGUAUCCAACAAUGUUGACGAAUCAAUUCAAAUUCUCCGCCAAUGCCGUCACCGUCACACAGGUGGUGGCCAAUUUGGGCGCCAUGACUGGCGGCACCACCAUCGGAUAUUGCUCGCAGAUCUUCGGGCGGCGAUUCAGCAUCAUCUUUAUUUGUGUCAUCGGUGGAGCGCUGCUGUACCCCUACACCUUCGUCACCUCGCACGCCGUUAUUGCAGCAGCGUUCUUUGAGCAGUUUUGUGUGCAGGGAGCGUGGGGCGUUAUACCGAUUCACCUAAUGGAGCUCUCUCCUGGUGCUUUGCGUACGUUUGUUGUGGGUACUUCCUACCAGCUGGGUAACUUGGCUUCGUCGGCCUCUUCCACGAUUGAGUCCACCAUUGGGGAACGGUAUCCUCUCGCGCCCCUCAUCAACAAAGAAGGAAAGGCCGUCAAAAGGUACAAUUACGGCAAGGUCAUUUGUAUCUUCAUGGGAGCGGUAUAUGCCUACACCAUUUUGCUGACCUUCAUUGGGCCCGAGCACAGAGGGAGGAACCUCGAUGUGGAAUACGAUGAGGAUAUGGCAGAAGUUACACAUAGGGAUCUGAGGCAGCAGCCGGUUGCGGUUGGCCAUGGGGAUUCCAGCGAGGACGAGAAGGCGGUUGCGACCGAGAAGGUUUGA